UUUGUAAAUCAAGUUUUCUUGAAGCAGGAUUCGAUACGGUAUUUUUUACAAUAAAUAUCAGUUUUAUUUAUACCUAGCCGUGAUAAGUUCUCCGGCAGUUUGUAUUCUGGCUUGAAAACUUUAAAAGAAACAUGGCAUUACAAAGGCACAUCUUUUUGGCUACAAAGCAAUACAUAUCAAGAUGCUCUAUCCUCCAAGCCAACCUUAGACAGUCAUAUUGUGAAUUACGACACAAAUACAGCACAGAAGCCUCGGAAGAGAGAAAGUUCACAGACCGCCAUGAAUGGGUAGUUGUUAAAAAUAACAUUGGGACUGUAGGAAUCAGCAAAUAUGCUCAGGAGUCUCUUGGUGAUGUUGUGUUUGCUCAGCUUCCUGAACCGGGUACAGAAAUCAAAGCGGGAGACGAGUGUGGAGCCCUCGAGAGUGUAAAGGCAGCAAGUGAGAUCUAUUCACCGGUUACAGGCACCGUUACUGAGAAAAACGCUGAAGUAGAAAGCAAACCUGGUCUGAUCAAUACCGCCUGUUACGACCAAGGCUGGCUUUUUAAACUAAAGCUGUCUGACCCCUCCGAAGUCUCUAAGCUGAUGAAUGAAGAACAGUAUGAAACGUUCCUAAAAACAGACAUGGACAAGGACCAUUAGUGAAUGUGUUAAGUUUUUGUUUUAAUUUUUAACUUAAAUGUGAUUAGAUUUAAAUAUAUGGAAAGUUAACA